UUGAAAUUACUGAAUUAAUGUUAUUACAGUAAGAUGAUAAAUGUAUGUCUCAAUAACUUCUCAGUGUAACAAAUGGAAUUCUGUAAAUCAGUAUCUACCAAAUUCUAUAAUAAAUGAUGACUAAUGACUGUGAAAAGGUUAUUGCUAAAACAGGUUAAGAAAUUUAAAUAAUUCAUUCAUUUACUAUAUUAAAAAGUGAUCAAUACGUAAUUUGCGAAAUAUGUUCUUGAUGGAGCACUGAAUAGAAAUAUUUCACUUUUUCAUACCAUAUUUUUCAGAAUAUUAAGAUGUUUUUGAUGUAAAUGUAUUUAGUAUUAUAUCAUAGCCUACAAAAUGACGAAUUCAAUAACAACAUUUUGAAAUUAUCUUUAAUCUUAAAAUAUAGAGAGAAUGUAUCAAGAAUAACUAUAAUUUAUUUGUAUUUCUACAAUACUUUCUAUUAUGAUAGUACAAUAUCUUUUGAAAUUACAUUACUUCAACAUCUCUUUAUUAUAUGUUAUUGAAUUCUUUUUAUCAGCUGCAACGUAACACUAGAAAAUGAGAAACGUAAAAUUAGAAAAUGAUUCAUUAGAAUGGUUAGAAAAUUCAAGGCUAGCUUAAUAACUCAAGGCACAGAAAAAGAGAGAAAUCUUUUUAUUCAACGACCAGUAUGGAAUAAAACAUUGAAACAUUAUAACCAUAUUCAUAAAAUUUAAUAUCUAAUUACAGGAUGUGGGCUUUAUCAUUGCUUUAUUGUUGGAUUAUGUGGAAUGGCUGUAGGAGCAUUUGUAUUCGGAAUAAUAAUCGAUGCAAGUGGACGUAAAGGAUCGAUUCCCGCCACUAUGAUCGCUGUGUUCUGCGCCACUAUCAGUUUAUCCUUUGCGCAAACUACUUUCCUGAUAUACCUUUCAAUAUUUGUACUUGGACUGGGAUUAGCUGGUAAUAACGUGGUUUUAAGAGUAUAUGUAAUCGAAUUUUUGCCCAUGAAACGAAGAGGCUUUUGUUUAGUUGCUUUGGAUGUAUUAGGAGUUAUUGGUUAUGUGUCUGCUUUAGGAUUGUCAUGGCUAUUGAUGCCUUCGAUCGUGCGAUUACAAAACAAAAAAUUUCGACCAAAUUCUUGGCGAGUCCUUAUAGGAUUAGGAGGUAUACCAAAUUUGAUCAUGGCAUGUGCGACUAGUUUAUUACCGGCAAGUCCUAGAUACUUGCUUUAUCGGCGUCGGUACGAAGAAGCGCUAACUGUAUUACGGCAGAUCUAUGCAAUUAAUAAUUCGAAGCAUGCCGAUACUUAUACAGUACGAUUAUCUUAUAUUAAGUCAUCUCUCUCUUUUUAUAAAUGCAGUUUUUCUUUACGUACUUUAGACAAUUGUGUUCGACCAGACGAGGAAGAUGAAGAAGAUACAGGAAAUGUGAGUAAAAUAGUAUGGAAAUUCUGUAUAAAAACACGCAAACGAAUCCGCAAGAUAUGCAGCACACCAUUUAAAUGUACCACGAUAUUAGGACUUUGUAUCAACCUUUUACAAUUUCCAGGAAUCAUUUGGGUUGCUCUUUGGAAUACGCAAUUGUUUCAAGAAACAGAAAACUUUAACAAAUCAGCAAAGAAGAAUUCUACAUGCGUUGUCGAUAUAGAGAACUUGGCAUUAGGAUUUUUGCACAAUUGUCAAGAAAUAGACACGGAUCGUUUUAGAAUUCUUUUCUAUUUAUCUUUGAGCUACAUAUUAGGAGAAAUUUUGUUGCUAAUUGGCAUCGAUGUUAUUGGUAGAAAAAUAUUUCUAGUACUUUCAGGAUUAGUGGGAACAGCCGCGUGUCUUGGUUUAUUAUUUACAGUUCAUAAUAUAGUACAAAUCGUUCUUUCAUUGAUCAUACUAGCAGCUUACGCGAUUGGUCGUACGACAACUUCGAUACUUUUACUGGAAAAUUAUUUUACCGGCGUAAGGGGUACGAUUAUCGGUUUAUCCAGAAUAUUUCCAUACUUGGUUGGUAGUUUUACUAAACUUUUUCUAAAUAUACAGUGUCUUACUAGUAUCUACAUUAUGUCAGGAGUUCUGUUGAGUGCUGCUGUUGCAGGGUCACGAAUGCCUGACCUAACCCGAUUACCGAUGCAAGAAUAACUUCUUAAUGUUCAUAUUUUUAUAAUCUCGAUAAAUUAUAAAUAAUUCUCUAUGGACUAUAGUUAUGUUGUAAAAAACAGAGCAGAUCGUUAUUCAUAUUUCGGUAGCAGUCAUAAAUGUUUCUAUAGUACAUAAGAAUUAGGCAAAUUUCUUUCGUGUAUGGUAUGGUAGAAAAUAUAAUAAAAAAAAUAUGGCGGUAAA